AUGGUGCUCAAUCUAGGAUACAACGAGUCCCACCCCUUUAGCAAGGUCCAUAUUCACGAUCGAGCUUCCGUGCAAGACCUUCUGCGAACGGUUCUCGAUCCGCUCGAGCCAUUCUUCUCACCUUCAAAGGCCAGAGUCAAGUGUCCCGGCGGAACAGCCGUUCGUUUCGACCAAACAGCCUCUGAGGUCGAAGGAAUAUGCCGGCCACUCUGGGGUUUGGCAGCUUUGCUCGCUGGACACGGGGAGUACAGAGGCACAGACUGGUGGAUUCAAGGUAUCAAGGCUGGCACCGAUCCUGACAGCCCUGAAUUCUGGGGAUAUCCUAGAGACAAUGACCAACGAAUGGUUGAGAUGUGCCCUCUAGGGUUCGCGCUGGCCGUUAUACCUGGGAUCUGGGAUCGCUUCUCUGAGCGUGAGCAACACAAUAUUGAGAAAUGGCUGGGAAACUCAAUCAACGAAAAGAACAUGCCCAAUACGAAUUGGCUUUGGUUCCGUGUCUUCGCAAAUCUCGGGCUCAAAAAGUGUGGUGCCAAGUGCUCCCAGGAGAGACUCGACCGAGAUAUCAAACACCUUGACACAUUUUAUCGCGGCGACGGGUGGUCGAAUGAUGGGCCUGAAGGGAUUCACCAAAUGGAUUACUACUCGUCAAGCUUCGCAAUCCAAUUCCUGCAGCUGUUAUACGCAGAGCUUGCUGGCGAUGAGGAUCCGGACCGUGCUGCCGAGUUUAGAAAGCGAGCUCAACUCGCAGCUCUUGACUUGGUGCAUUACUAUGAUGAUCAAGGCAGAGCCAUUCCCUUUGGACGAAGUGUCGGCUAUCGAUUUGCCAUGGUUUCUUUUUGGGGUUCGUUGGCGUAUGCCAAUGUCGAAUUGCCCACGCCCUUGACUUGGGGAAUGGUAAAGGGCAUUGUUCUCCGCAAUCUUCGCUGGUGGCAGACGCAAACCGAAAUGUGGACGUCUAGUGGCACCUUGUCCCUGGGAUACUCUUAUCCCAACAUGUAUUUGACCGAAAACUACAACAGCCCAGCAAGUCCGUACUGGGCAUGCCUGGCCUUCAUUUGUCUGGCAGUGCCCGAAAGCCAUCCGUUUUGGACAUCCAAGGAAGAACCCUUCAGCCACGCAGUGCCUAGCGUCAAAGAGCUCCCACACCCCGGACAUAUCGUGAGCCAUCUUGGUGGACAUUGUAUGCUAUUAUCGUCAGGUCAGGCAUGUGGCUAUCCGAUGAAGGCGACACACGCCAAGUAUGGGGCAUUUGCCUACAGUAGUGCCUUUGGAUUUUCGGUGCCGCCUGGACUCUUCUCACUCGAACAAUACGCCUUGGCAUCCCAGCUUGGCCUCUCCGAUGAUGGAGGGGAGUACUGGAAGACGAGGCGAAUCUCGGAGUAUGCGGGCAUCGAAUACCGCGACGACAAGCCAGUCCUCGUGUCGCGCUGGAAACCAUUCAGCGACGUCGAAAUCACCUCCAUCCUUGUACCAUCCACGGAAAACGCUCCAAACUGGCAUCUCAGGAUCCACCGCAUACAGACGGGACGGCAACUGCUGACCGCAGACGGAUCGUUUGCCAUUUGCAACGUCAACUCAGUCAAUAGCCGAUACCUGGAGCUUUACGACCAGGACCGGUGCGAGGGCACAAUGCCCAAAAUCAUUGGUAACUAUGACACGAAUACCCCUGCAGGUUGGGCUGCCGGCAAAGACGGGUCAUUUGCCGUCCAUGCAACCAGAGGAGCAGUAGGUAUCAAAGCCUUGGAGACAACGACUGGCAGACGUGCUAUGCUUGUAAAUGCGGAUCCCAAUUCCAACCUCAUUGACAGUCGCACAACUAUCCCGACUCUGCAGCACACCAUGGAAAAGGGUCAGACUGCAUGGUAUGUAUCGGCCAUAUUCGCCAGACCGGGCCAAUCUGGGAUGUCCCAGAGGACGUAUUUGGACGGUUGGCAGACGCCACCAGAAAUUCCUCGGUGGUUGUCGGCCGAGAUGAAUGAGUCCAGUUUGUGA